AUGUCAUCAGGCUCGUUUGUCGAAGUCCCCAAGGACCUGCUCAAGGAGAUUAAGCGCCUUGAGGAGCUGUUCACGGUUGAUACGGCAAAGCUCAAACAGAUUACCGACCACUUUGUCAAUGAACUCGAAAAGGGUCUCAGCAAGGAGGGUGGGACCAUCCCCAUGAACCCAACAUGGGUCAUGUCCUUUCCCACUGGCUAUGAGACCGGUACUUACCUGGCCCUUGACAUGGGCGGCACCAACCUGCGUGUCUGCCAGAUCACUUUAACGGAGCAAAAGUCAGAAUUCGACAUUAUCCAGUCAAAGUACCGCAUGCCCGAGGAGCUCAAGACAGGUGUGGCUGAAGAUCUGUGGGAAUACAUUGCCGAGUGCUUGUUGCAGUUCAUCCAGACUCACCACGGCGAUGUCGCCAAGCUCGAUAAGCUUCCUCUAGGCUUCACCUUCUCCUACCCUGCCACUCAAAAUUACAUUGAUGAGGGCAUCCUUCAGCGGUGGACCAAGGGCUUCGAUAUCGAUGGUGUUGAGGGCCGCAAUGUUGUUCCCAUGUUUGAGAAGGCCCUUCAAGAGCGGGGCGUGCCAAUCAAGCUGACUGCUCUUAUCAACGAUACCACCGGCACCCUCAUUGCCUCUGCGUACACCGACACUAAGAUGAAGAUUGGUUGUAUCUUUGGCACCGGUUGCAAUGCCGCUUACAUGGAGGACUGUGGUUCUAUCCCUAAGCUUGCGCACCUUAACCUCCCACCCGAUACCCCCAUGGCUAUCAACUGCGAGUGGGGAGCUUUCGACAAUGAGCUUAAGGUGCUCCCUCGGACUCCCUACGAUGAAUCCAUUGAUACGGAUUCACCUCGCCCCGGUCAACAGGCAUUUGAGAAGAUGAUUGCAGGGUUAUACCUGGGAGAGAUCUUCCGCUUGAUCAUGGUAGACCUGCAUGACAACCAUAAUGUCAACAUCUUUGCCGGACAGGAUAUCGGGAAGUUACGGAGGCCGUACACCCUUGACUCGUCAUUCCUGUCGGCCAUUGAGGAUGACCCGUUCGAGAACCUGUCCGAGACCCGCGAGCUCUUCCAGAACCAACUUGGCAUCGAUCCCAACCCCUCAGAGCUCGAGCUUAUCCGCCGUGCUGCGGAGCUGAUUGGCACCCGUGCCGCCCGUCUCUCAGCCUGCGGCGUUGCUGCCAUCAGCAAAAAGAAGGGCUACAAGGAAUGCCACGUCGGCGCUGACGGGUCGGUAUUCAACAAGUACCCUCACUUCAAGAAGCGUGGUGCGGCUGCCCUUCGUGAGAUUCUCGACUGGCCCGCAAAGGCGGAUCCCAACGAUGACGACCCCAUCGAGAUCUUGGCCGCCGAGGAUGGAAGCGGCGUGGGCGCUGCAUUGAUUGCGGCUUUGACACUGGAGAGGGUGAAAAAGGGGAAUAUGCAUGGAAUUUUGCACCCGGAGAACUUCCACUAA